CGAAAUUCGCCAUUUCCCUUUGUGUUGGAUAGGAAUAAGGGUAUGCGUCAUAUGUUAGGAGAGACAUGGAUGGAAUUAUUUGAUGUUGUUGUCACAAGUGCUAGGAAGCCAUCUUUUUAUCAACGAACUGACAGGUACAUUCAACAUGCCGUAGUGUUAUGAACUUACCAUUGAAUACGGAUUUUUUUGCUUUUCCAAAUUAUCCAUGCGUAGAGGUGACUUGUUUACCUGUUUAUCCAAGAAGUAAUGUUGAUAUUUGAACUACUGUAUAGUACGCAUUAAAUCUGUAGGUAGUUAUAUGGGAGUUUAUAAGAUGCUGAUCAGCAACGAACAACGGGUACGGAGUACGGAUGAAACCUUGUUUAAUUCGCAUUGAUUUAUCAAAAUUUACAUAUCCCCAGAGCAUACUUUUCACCGUAGCGACCUUGGCUACAGCGUAAAAAUCGCACUCUUGUGUUGUAAAACAGAUUCAAGAACAUAGCACUGAAACUGACUACGCAACGUUGCAGGUUGGAGAGUAUUUUUAUAAAGAAAUGAUGAAAAUUAAAAGAUGAAACUUACCGAACACAAAACCAUGCACAUAAAACAUAUUUGGGAUCAAUUUGUUAUGACAAGCAUUUAGUAUUUGCAUACACACAAAAACUAUUCCAAACGUAGACGGUAGUUCGUCGUCAAGAUCUUAAACUCCCUAAUGAUCAAUCUAUUACAGGCCUUUCAGAAGCCUCGACAACAAAGGCGUGAAGACCUGGGAACGCGUGACACAUUUCCACGGAGGAGAACUUUAUACUGAGGUUUGUAGUACAAGGUCUUUCUCUUUUGACGAAGAAAGAUCUCCAAUGCAAUGAGAGCAGACAAGACGUGCUCGAGAUGUUGCACUUUAGUAAAACGUCAUGAAAAAUUCUUGGGUUUCAACCAAGUGAUAUUUUAGCAUAAUUUGACUCAGGGGGUGGGGCAAUCGUUGAACUGAGGUCAAGUGAAGCAGCAAUGAAUGAAAAUGGCUGUCAACUAUUAUGAAAGUAUAUAUUAUCCAACUAUUAUGAAAGUAUAUAUACAUAAAACAACGUACAUAAACAACAUAAAAGUCGUUCUUUACCCUUGACACAGAUCUCGAUCCCCACGUGACGUCUCAUGAAACCUAUAAGAAUAAGAAAAUUGCAAGUUCUUUAAAAUUAGUAUGUGCAUGUCUAUAAGAUAAAAUAUCUUUGUUCAUCUGUAAAAACACGACCCCCGAAUCCAUUGGGUUCUUUGUAACAGUCAUUGCUAUUGCUCCCCAAGGGCGAGAGAUAGAUAGAGUUUUGUACCGAAAAGCCUUUGCAUAAAGCAUCGAUAUUUUUUGUUCUGCAUGCUUCAACAUCACAGAAACAAUCAAGCAUGCACCUAUUCUUAUCAGCGCAUUUUUCGUAUUAAAGAGUUAAUUUCUGGAUUUUUACAGGGCAAUGUAGAACAAUUCAUGAAGUUUACGGGUUGGUAUGGACCCAAGGUGCUUUACUUUGGUGACCACGUCUACAGUGACUUGAUGGUAGGCACAUAAUCAAGUGGCUUUUCUACUUUCCCUACAAAAUGGCAGGAAGACAACCUUUCUUAUCAUGCUUGAGUGGUACAUUCAAUAAUUAUCAUUAAGCUGCACGCUAUGAUAAACACAACUAAUUACAAACACCAGAAAUCUCGAAAUUGUCGGUUGUGCAUCAUUGAAAUGAAGCGAAAACAAUCAUUCCCCUCUUUUAACAGGGGCCAAUUUUAAAACACGGAUGGAGAACUGGAGCAAUUAUUCAUGACCUGGAGGUAAGAAUGAAACAUAUAUACAUGUACUUUUGCAGUGAAAUAAUUGUCGGUCCACAACAGCAAGAAUAAUGUGCACUUUGUGUGCGCAGAAUAAGAUUGCGGAUCCGAUAUCCAUUGUGUACAUGGAACCAGAUACAAAUAAACGACCGGAGAUAAACUGAGAUAUGAAAAACUUAGCUUAGGCUUAUGAAAAACUAUGGCGGGCAAGAAAAUCUGAGAUGCGAGUUCUAAUAGACCUUUCCCCUUAUAACCAAAAUUUUGAUCUAGGCAAGUCUAGACAAAAAUUUCAUCACAGCUUGAAAGAGCAUCACAAAAUUAGUAAUAUUCCAAAGUUUCGUUGCAAAAUGUUGUAAAAUGAGUAAAAUAGAGCCUUGCGAAGUUUGCAAUUUUCAGUCAUUUUGCAUUACAAACGAGAAAUUGCAGCCCCAACACCCGAAUCGGAUGUCAAUUUCCCGUUUGUAAUACAAAUUGACUGAAAAACGGCAAACUUCGCAAGGCUAUAUUAUCCGCAUUUUACAAGAUUUUGCAACAAAACUUUGGAAUAUUACUAAUUUUGUGAUGCUCUUUCAAGCUGUGAUGAAAUUUUUGUCCAGAUCGAAAUUUUAGUUAUAAGGGGAAAGGUCCAUUGCGGUCGAGACAACGCUCGUUCUCUGCAGUGUCAGAAUCAUCAUGGGACUAAAGGACCGACUGCAUGGCCACCUUAAAUGCAACUAACGUCAUAUAUAUCUCACGUAAUCCUCUACAAUCGUUUUCUUAGAAAGAGAUCAGGAUAUCAAAUACUGAAGAGUUUCGUCGAUCGGUUACGUGGCUGCUAUCUCUUCAAGAAUUGAUUGAAGCACUCCAGGUGAAUGUCGAUAUUGCUUCUAAAUGGAAUGUACAUGCAUUUAGAAGAUCAUGCUUCAGAAAAUAGAAGGCUGGUUUACACUAUCAAAGUGUCUGUGAUGACCGUAGGAAUUUUACAUUGGUAAAUUUUAACUUUUGGAAAAUUUGUAAGAAAUGUUUGAGGGAUGUGACUUAAUGUUUGAGGGAUGUGUUUAAUACUCAGUCAGUUGCCUCAAACAUUUCUUAGAAAUCCAUCAAAAAUUAGAAUUUAUAUCUAUGCAAAAUACCUACUGUGAUCACAGAAACCUGACAGCCUUAUAUAGGCGUAGAAAUUAUUUGGUGUUAUUUUCACCUUAUAUAGCAUCGAAAUAAACCACACAAAAUGUAUAAUUACCUGAAUCCACGUUUAUGUUACAUUGCUUGCAGACUGACAACUCUGACCAAGCAUACGAGCUGCUGAGAGAAUGGAAAAGAGAACGUUAUAUGUUAAGGUAUGCAUGCUAGCUUGAUAAUAAGCGUCUUCCAUUGCGGCCAUAUAGCGGCCAUAGGCCUGUUGUUCAAAAGUAGGUUAGCGCUAACCCUGGAUUAAAAUUUAAUCUGCUGUUUUGGUUUGUAUAAUUCUGCACGUCUGUUUAUUUCAAAACUUUUGAGAAGUAAACUCCUAUCCAUCCAGACAAGAUUUCCGAAGAAAUAUUUCCAAGUUUGUAGACAAGCUGUCACGAAGUUGGCUUUGAAUUUUAGGUUUACUUAGGGUUAAGCUAAUCGGCUCUGGAAUAACCGGCCCCAUGUAUUCAUCUUUCUAUAAUUCCACUCCUUUCCAAUUUUACUGUGGUGAUGAGCAAACUUUGUUACUUUUUAUAGGGAAGAACUGAAAACUAUGUUUAAUCCACAAUUUGGAAGUGUAUUUCGUACUUACCACAAUCCUUCUUACUUUACUCGAAGAUUGGUUCGCUUUGCUGACAUCUACUCCUCAUCAAUCUCCAAUCUACUUAACUAUCCUAAUGAUGUCACCUUCUAUCCACGGAGGCAAGCUUUACCUCAUGAACCAUGUAUUGAACAAAUUAUUGCAUAA